CUGACAUAUCCAGGAAGUAGUAGAACAUGAGAGAAAUUGGAAAGGCUUUGCACACCGAACGCUGACAACUCAUGACCUACUUUGAAGGAGGUCUCUGUCACCGACUUGGAAAGAGCAGACGAUAGAGUGUUGUGUCGUCUGCUGCUCCGUAAGGCGGAAGUAAGGCUGUCGUCUGCUAUUGCAACCGGUGCAGAAGUCAACAGUUACUACUACCAGCAUCUGCAGCGAAUCACAAGCACGAAAAUGAGUACAGCAAACAUGGCUGCGUCCCUCCCGUACUCCAUUUCACACGCUAUCACCCAGUAUCCGUCUGAGCAGUACCUCAGCUAUCAUCAGUACCACCCGACCCCACAGGAUUACUACAGAAUGGAGUACAUGAGAGAGAAUGACUUUAUGAACACUGACCCCCAUAACAGUCUUGAUGAAGAACUUCUUGGUGCUUUUGAAGGGACGGACUACACACCUCUCGCUCAUCUCUCUUGGACAGACGUUGAAGACAUGUCUCAACUCCCCCAAUCUGAACUAAUGUCUGAACGAGCUGACUUGGGUUCAGAUGGUGUUGAUGAUAGCGGCUCAGAUUAUAGCGAUCCCGGCAGUUGCUACAGCGACACCUAUGACAACACAGCCAGCAUCAUGAGCAUAAAAGAAGACGAGAGCAACUUCUACAACGAACCUCUGUACCAGCCAGAGGAGUUGUUCCAAUGUCCCCCACUAAGUCAAGUCUUCGCGUCGGAUAUGCCAAACCAUGACCACGUCAGGCCACCACAGAAGAAAAAGCCGGGACGGAAAAAGGGCCAGACUUCCAAAGUGCUUCAUUUAUGGGAGUUCAUCAGAGACCUUCUCAAAGAUCCCAAAUGCCACGGUAACAUCAUCCAGUGGGAGAAUAGAGAAGAGGGCGUCUUCAGAGUCGUCAAAUCAUCGGAAGUUGCAACUCUCUGGGGUCAGAAAAAGAAGAACAAGAAGGAGAUGACAUAUGAGAAGAUGAGCAGGUCCAUGAGGUAUUCAAGAAAAGAAGGCUAUUUCAUCGACCUGCCUAAAAAUAGUGGCUACCCUAAAAAACUUUGCUUCCGUUUCGGACCCAAAUCGACGGGUUGGCAGUGACAGUUUCCUGACACAAUCGUGUGAAUUCAUAAACAGUCAAGAACCUCGACGCCAUUGCGGUCAUUAGUCAUGAGGAAUUGUUUUCAUUGGAUGAAUGUGGCAAGAGACAAACUUGUGGACAAUCUCAUGAUGCUUUGUGUUUGAAAGGCGGGUGCUAGUUGAUGACAUUCCUCAGUCAGCUGGGGACAGUAACCUUACACUGCUGACGAUAACUGUUCAAGUCCAAGGUUGACGUUCGUCGAGGACUCAUUUCAUUUUACUCUUCCAUUUUCCACACUGUGUACAUAACGCACUGUCAGACAUAUUCAUACUUUCAUAUUUUAAUAUUUUCAUUUAUAUUUUCAUAGUAAAAGCAGUCAUGCUAUGAACAUCAAAACCAAAGUUUGACAUCUGUGGAGGGGACAUCUCCCUGUGUGUAAAUAACAAAGAGAUUCUGAUGUACAUUCUGUCGAACUGUCUCGUGUCACCUGUAAUCAUCCCAUUAUCAUUGUUCAACGAAAUAUAUAUUUCUGUAAUGUUGUUUGGAUCUGAAUGUAUGUACAUUUCAUCUAGCCUGACAAUGUUGGUCUAAAGCAUUUCAAACAGAAAGGAAACUCAAUCCUACUUGAGACAAUGCAGGCAUUGCCGUUCGAUUGGUGUUAUUCAGCAUAAGUCAUUCCAUAUUCCUGCUUUCCAUACAGUUGCGCAUCUUUGGUUAUGGAACAGUUUUGUGCUAUCCGACACUCGGUAGGAACAUAACUGGAAAUCAUCAAAAUCAUGGAUCAAAAGCUUUAUGUAGUGCAUAUAAAUUGAAACCCUUUCAAUCCGGACGCAAUAAGUUUCAGUCACAUCGUACGGUUUAACAAGUUUCUGUAAUUACGAAUCACUGUUAUGUUAAUGAUCUUUGGGACGUUCAGUAAGCUUAUUCGGAUAAGCGGGGUCUGUAUUAAGGAGGUUGCAGUGUAUACGGAACCAGUUUCAAUAUACGGCAUACAUUCAGCAUUGCCUCGUGCAUUCGAUACAAUUCGAAACUCGUUCUAAUUUGACCGGAAUGUUUCCAUAUUGUCAAGGCAGCACUGCACUAAGAUGUUUAGAUUAGAUCUCCAUGAGAACGCAAUCACUAUGAGAACCGGAUCUCCUUGGAACAUAAGUAUGAUAUCAUAAAAGUGCCUUAUGUUUUGUUGGGUAUGGUGAGGUUGUAACGGUGUACCCGUGAUCUUGGUAUUAUUAGAGUAUCUAUGAAUUUGCUCAACCUUCAUUAUGCAAACGACAUACCACUUGCUCGACUUAAAACUGUUUUCUAUUUUUUCUUAAAAUAAAUUUAUUGUUUUAUUACCGUU